AUGCCAUUUGUGGCGGAGCACCAGGAGCCGAAAGCCACAGCACGGCCGUGCUACCAACCCAUGGGGGAGGUGGACCCCAUGAUGCCAUUUUUCCUGCGCCACCACCACUGCAACCUCCUCAGGGUCGCUGACUACUGCGAGAGCAACUACCUGCAGGCCAGCGACAAGCGGAAGGCGCUGGAGGAGACGAUGGCACUGAGCACGCAGUCCCUGGCCAGCGUGACGUACCAGGUCAGCAGCUUGGCCACCGCCUUCCUCCGGCUGCUGGACCUGCAGGCGGCCGAGCUGCGGGAAGUGGAGGCCGAUGUCAGCUGCGUGGCCCAGAGGGUUGACAUGCACAAGGAGAAGGUGUCUCGCCGGGAGAUCGGCUCGUUGACCGCCAGCAAGAGGUUCCCAUCCUACCAGAAGAUCAUGUCCCCCCCGAGCCCGCCCUGCCUGGAGCCCUACUACAGGAAACCCCUCAACUUCAGCGUCCUGGACGACAUCGGCCAUGGCAUAAAGGGGUUCUACGCUUUGGAGGAGUUCGGAGCCACCCUCCGGGGCCGGUAA